CUGUAGGUCCCCAACUCAGCAGGCAGACAAAGCCCGUCCAUCAAGACUGCUGCAGCCCGUCCAUCUUUAGGUGGUAGGAUUCCCCACCAGGUGGAGUUAUAGUGAUGGAGAAGCCUGAUGAUGAGGAGUUACCAGGUUCAACGGGUGGUGAAGGGGACGGAAAUGACACUACACCCGUUCACAGCACAGGCCCACCUGAUAGCACACCAGAUAUUGUAGCAAUGCUACAGGGCUUCAUGUUGAAUCAACAGCAGUCAAUGCAAGCUGUGCAGCAGCAGAUCAGCCAGCUACAGGAGGAGGUGCAGAAAGGAAAGACAAAGCAACUGUGUGUUGUGACCCCUCUGGCAGCAGCAAACCCAGACACUUUGACAAGACCAGCUCCUCAGUCACCAGCAGAGGUAUUAAGUGAACACCUUGACAAGGAGGAGGAAGCAGAGAGGAACUUUCAAGAGAAAGAGCCACUGACACAAGCCAGAGAUGAGUCAAAACCAGAGGAGGAUGGUUCUUCAGGAGAAAACAUCGAAACAACCCAAGUACUUCCUGCUCCAGACCAGCUGACUGUUGACUCAGUGGACACCACAUCAGCUGCUGUUAGCUGGAACAAGCCACCAGGAUUGGACCAAACCCAACAUCAUUACCAGAUCUCCUACCAGUGUCUAGGGACAGAACCACACAUCACUACCACAUCUUCACACAGCAUCACUCUCUCUGACCUGCAAUGUGGUACUCAGUACUCUAUCAAUGUCUGUACUGUGCUGGAAAAUGGAAAGAAAAGUCAACUGGAGUCAACAACCCUGUUUACAAUACUUCCUGCUCCAGACCAGCUGACUGUUGACUCAGUGGACACCACAUCAGCUGCUGUUAGCUGGAACCAGCCACCAGGAUUGGACCAAACCCAACAUCAUUACCAGAUCUCCUACCACUGUCCAGGGACAGAACCACACAUCACUACCACAUCUUCACACGGCAUCACUCUCUCUGACCUGCAAUGUGGCACUCAGUACUCUGUCACUGUCUGCACUGUGCUGGAAAAUGAAAAGCAAAGUCAACUGGUGUCAAAAACCUUCACCACAAUACUUCCUGCUCCAGACCAGCUGACUGUUGACUCAGUAGACACCACAUCAGCUGCUGUUAGCUGGAACCAGCCACCAGGAUUGGACCAAACCCAACAUCAUUACCAGAUCUCCUACCACUGUCCAGGGACAGAACCACACAUCACUACCACGUCUUCACACAGCAUAACUCUCUCUGACCUGCAAGGUGGUACUCAGUACUCUAUCAAUGUCUGCACUGUGCUGGAAAAUGGAAAGCAAAGUGAACUGGUGUCAACAACCCUCACCACAGUACUUCCUGCUCCAGACCAGCUGACUGUUGACUCAGUGGACACCACAUCAGCUGCUGUUAGCUGGAACCAGCCACCAGGAUUGAAUCAAACCCAACAUCAGUACCAGAUCUCCUACCACUGUCCAGGGACAGAACCACACAUCACUACCGCAUCUUUACCCAGCAUCACUCUCUCUGACCUGCAAGGUGGUACUCAGUACUCUGUCACUGUCUGCACUGUGCUGGAAGAUGGAAAGCAAAGUGAACUGGUGUCAACAACCCUCACCACAGUACUUCCUGCUCCAGACCAGCUGACUGUUGACUCAGUGGACACCACAUCAGCUAUUGUUAGCUGGAACCAGCCACCAGGAUUGAAUCAAACCCAACAUCCGUACCAGAUCUCCUACCACUGUCCAGGGACAGAACCACACAUCACUAUCACAUCUUCACCCAGCAUCACUCUCUCUGACCUGCAAGGUGGUACUCAGUACUCUGUCACUGUCUGCACUGUGCUGGAAGAUGGAAAGCAAAGUGAACUGGUGUCAACAACCCUCACCACAGUACUUCCUGCUCCAGACCAGCUGACUGUUGACUCAGUGGACACCACAUCAGCUGCUGUUAGUUGGAGCCAGCCACCAGGAUUGAACCAAACCCAACAUCAUUACCAGAUCUCCUACCGCUGUCCAGGGACAGAACCACACAUCACUACCACAUCUUCACCCAGCAUCACUCUCUCUGACCUGCAAGGUGGUACUCAGUACUCUGUCACUGUCUGUACGGUGCUGGAAAAUGGAAAGAAAAGUCAACUGGUGUCAACAACCCUCACCACAGAUUCCACUUGGCUUUCAAUGAAAUGGAUUAAGUUGCCUUUCCGCAAUCCAGGCAGAAAGUCAGUUAUUCCUGUUCCAGACCAGCUGACUGUUAACUCAGUGGACACCACAUCAGCUGCUGUUAGCUGGAGUCAGCCACCAGGAUUGGACCAAACCCAACAUAGUUACCAGAUCUCCUACCACUGUCCAGGGAUAAAAUCCCACAACAUUCCCACAUCUUCACCCAGCAUCACUCUCUCUGACCUGCAAGGUGGUACUCAGUACUCUGUCACUGUCUGCACUGUGCUGGAAAAUGGAAAGCUAAGUGAACUGGUGUCAACAACCCUCACAACAAUACUUCCUGCUCCAGACCAGCUGACUGUUGACUCAGUGGACACCACAUCAGCUGCUGUUAGCUGGAACCAGCCACCAGGAUUGGACCAAACCCAACAUCAUUACCAGAUCUCCUACCGCUGUCCAGGGACAGAACCACACAUCACUACCACAUCUUCACACAGCAUCACUCUCUCUGACCUGCAAGGUGGUACUCAGUACUCUGUCACUGUCUGUACGGUGCUGGAAAAUGGAACGAAAAGUGAACGGGUGUCAAGAACCCUCACCACAGUACUUCCUGCUCCAGACCAGCUGACUGUUGAUUGGGUAAGCAUCACAUCAGCUGCUGUUAGCUGGAACCAGCCACCAGGAUUGGAUCAAACCCAACAUCAUUAUCAGAUCUCCUACCACUGUCCAGGGACAGAACCACACACCACUACCACGUCUUCACACAGCAUCACUCUCUCUGACCUGCAAUGUGAUACUCAGUACUCUGUCACUGUCUGCACUGUGCUGGAAAAUGGAAAGAAAAGUCAACUGGUGUCAACAACCCUCACCACAGUACUUCCUGCUCCAGACCAGCUGACUGUUGACUGGGUAAGCAUCACAUCAUCUGCUGUUAUCUGGAGCCAGCCACCAGGAUUGGACCAAACCCAACAUCAUUACCAGAUCUCCUACCACUGUCCAGGGACAGAACCCCACAUCACUACCACAUCUUCACACAGCAUCACUCUCUCUGACCUGCAACGCGAUACUGAAUACUCAGUAACUGUCUGCACUAUGCUGGAAAAUAGAAAGCAAAGUCAACUGGUGUCAACAACCCUCACCACAGUACUUCCUGCUCCAGACCAGCUGACUGUUGACUCAGUGGACACCACAUCAGCUGCUGUUAGCUGGAGCCAGCCACCAGGAUUGGACCAAACCCAACAUCAUUACCAGAUCUCCUACCACUGUCCAGGGACAGAACCACACAUCACUACCACAUCUUCACACAGCAUCACUCUCUCUGACCUGCAACGUGGUACUAAGUACUCUGUCACUGUCUGCACUGUGCUGGAGAAUGGAACGCAAAGUCAACUGGUGUCAACAACCCUCACCACAGGACCUUUUCUCAGGGAGCUGUUGUCAAAGACUGGACUAGAAGAUCAUUAUGAAAACAAGCUGACGUUAAGUUCUGUCCUUGAGAUAAAUGCUGAUACUACAUCAGAUGAACCUCUUACCACUAUGCAGUCACUUCCAGGGGCCUUCCUGAAGAAAUUAAUGAUGGCAAAUGUGAAUGCUAGGAGUGUGAAAUGUCUGACCACUGACCAGGUUUCCUAUUAUGAUGUAGACAACCUGGACACUGACUCUGAUAGCAUCAAUGUAAUUAAUCCACUGGACCUGAUAACUGCCCUGUUUCUGUGCUCAGAUGGUUUCCUGCAGCAGGAGAUGGUCCAGAAAAUGUCCAUGUGUCAGUUUGCUGUUCCUCUCCUGCUGCCCAAAUGUGACACAAAACAAAUCACUUUGAUGCUGUGGGCCUUGAGGGACAUAGUGAGGAAAUUUAGACCCUCUUCCCAAAUGGCCACAAAUGCUUUUGUGGAGGACAGACUUGUUGUCUCUGAUAUUCCUAUGGUGUCCUUUGUUAGGUUAGGAGAGAGCAGCUUGUCCAAGUCUCAGAUUUUGAACAAGUUGCUUAGUAACCCUCAACAGUACCAUGACACAUUUGUUCAUCAUGAUAUGGAAUGUGGAGAUGUCCCUCGGCAAAUCUCAGAUGGUCUGGUUGAAAUCAACUGGUACUUUCCAUGUGGGAACCGAAACAUAGACAUGUUCACUAAGCCUGUGUCUGUUGCCAAUCUCAGAGGAGACAUCAAGUCCUUUGAAACACAGUUCUCCUUUCUGUGUCAAACAUCAGCUGCAGUUUACAUUUUCAUUGAUGAUUUUGAGGCAGAUCUCAAGGUUUUGGAUGGAAAAAUCACAAAAACAGAGUUAUUUCUGGUUGUCAAUUCUCAGAAAGAAACAUUCAGGGUGGACACAUUGAAGAAAAUGAUCACAAACUACAGUAUCAACCCAACAAAUGUGAUUGUGAAGAAGAAGCAGAAUGAUGCAGAAUUUGUCAAAACCCUGCAGUCAUCUGUAGGUGACAUCAUCGAAAAAAGUAAAAACAGAUUGACAAUUGAAAACAUGGCUACCGUGGCUCGUCAGAGUAAGAUUCUGAUUGAUGAAGACAGUGAUGAGUGUCAGAGUGCCAGGAAGAUGGCAGAUAAAAUCACCAGUAACAUCAAAGACACAAUUACAUUCAAAGACCAACAGCUACCCUUACAAGGAACAAUCUGGAAAGAGCUUUCCCAGUUGGAGAAAGAGAGGUGUAGACUGAGGAAAGCAGGGGAUCAAAACAUUGAACACUACAAGAGCUCUCUGAAGAAAAAGGAGAUAGAGCUGAGAAAGAAACAAUAUACAUUUGACAUGUCAGAUGUAAUGGCAAGCUUCAUUUUAGGAAUGUCAAAAUCAGGACCUGAGCGAUCCUAUUUCCUCAAAUGGAUGCGGAUAAAUCUGGACAAUCUCUCACGGCAGAACCUGUCUGGUUUGCGGGACCGGUACAAAAAGCUUUGCCAACAUUCUCAGGAGAAAAAAGACGAAAUUAAAGAUUUGGAUAAGCAAUUAUCUGAUUGUUCCUUGGGUCUUGAACACUUCCUGCGUGAGUUGGGCCAGUUAUAUGAAGCUGCCUGCUCCCUCCCUGAAGACAGUCCUCAAAGGAAACAGAUGGAGCAUCUCCCUGGAUUGUGUGCUCAGAUGCUGUUGGAUGGUUUCCCCAUUGAGCUUGUGGAUGGAGAUGCAUCAAAUAUCCCUCUGAAAUGGAUAUCAGCUGUUCUGACACAGCUUCAUACUCUUGUGGACUCUAACAGCAAGAUCCGAGUUGUUACAGUUUUAGGGGUCCAAAGCACAGGGAAGUCCACUCUCCUCAACACCAUGUUUGGGGUCCAGUUUGCUGUCAGCAGUGGAAGAUGCACCAGAGGGGCCUUCAUACUACUGAUUAAAGUCAACAAAGAACUCAAGGAGGAGUUGAAAUGUGACUUCAUCAUGAUCAUUGACACAGAGGGGUUGAAAUCACCAGAGUUGGCUCAACUAGAUGACAGCUAUGAACAUGACAAUGAACUGGCAACACUGGUGAUAGGACUCAGUGAUGUCACUAUCAUCAACAUCGCCAUGGAGAACUCCACAGAGAUGAAAGACAUUCUACAGAUUGUUGUUCAUGCUUUUAUCAGGAUGAAGGAAGUGGGGAAGAAGCCAGUAUGUCAUUUUGUGCACCAGAAUGUGUCAGACAUGUCUGCUCAUGAUAACAACAUGAGGGACAGGAAGAAGUUGUUGGAACAGUUGAAUGAAAUGACCCAGGCAGCAGCCAGAAUGGAGAAGAAGGAGAAUAUCACCAAGUUCACUGAUGUGAUGGAGUAUGAUCCAGACACAAGCUGCUGCUACAUCCCAGGACUCUGGCAUGGGACUCCCCCGAUGGCUCCAGUCAAUGCAGGCUACAGUGAGGCUGUGUACAACUUCAAGAAGACCUUAAUGAAAGAUUUCAGAAUCUGCCAGAGAAAUGAUGACAUGACACAUUUCCUGAAGUGGACACAAACCUUGUGGGAGGCAGUGAAAUUUGAAAAAUUCAUCUUCAGUUUCAGAAACAGCUUGGUUGCAGAUGCCUACUCCAGAUUAUGCUCUGAGUACAAUGGUUGGGAAUGGGCCUUCCAGAAGGAAAUGUAUAGAUGGAUGAUGAGUAGUGAAACUAAAAUAUCCAAUAUUGGAGUGACAGAUCAACAUCCCCAGAGGUCCAUAAGAGAUGUGCUACAAGACUUAAUUAUAGAAGCAUCUGGGAAACUGUCAGAGGGAGAAAAGGAAAUCCAAGACAAUCUAGUAAAAUACUUUGAAAAACAAGAUGGCCAUGUCAAUCUGGUGGAAAAAUACAAGGAGGAUUUUGUGUCCAGCGCUAAAACACUGAGAAAGGAGAUAGAAAACACGGUGAAGAACAAAUUAAAUGGAUUUGUUGAAAUCAAAGAGGGAAUGACAGAACUGGACAUCAUCAAAAGAUCUCAGACAAGUACAAUGGAAAAGCAAGUUCUGACUCUGCUGCAGAACUGUAGACAGAAAGAAUUUGUUUUAUCAGAUGAGGCCCUCAGUGAAGAGUUUGAAAACAUAUGGAGGAAAACUCUUUCUGAUAUACACUUCAAUGGACUCCCAAGUAGAGAUGUGGCUCAAGAUGCCUUCCUCAUGUUACGUGAUAAUCUGACAACGAGGGGGAGUCAUGUCAACAAGAUGGUGGUUGGAAACAGUCUGGUGGAUUGUGGGAGAAAAGCCUUUGUUGUGGAAUCAGAGAGUUGGUGCCAGCAGGCUAAAAACAUAGCAAAGCACUUGGAUCCCGACCAUCACAGGAAAAAACGACAAGACCUCUGUGAUGACAUCAUAAAACAGUGUCUGGAGUUUAUGACCCAGAGGGUGAAAAGCAAAACUGAUUACCAUGACACUCACAUCAAAGAACUGCUUAGAAUAAUUGACCAAACAUUACAACAACACACACAAGUUAAAGCCAGUGAGGAAUGUGAGGUUUCUCUCAAACAACACAUCUGUGGCAGAGCAGCCAGAGAGUUCCAGAAGAUGCAUGAUGAUUUUAUUGAAGUCAAUGACCCAAGGAAGUGUCUGGAACUGUCUAAGAACAAGUACCUUACUGAGUUCAGAGACUUGUUUCAUAACCGAGACCAGUGCCUAAAGAAAGCUAAGGACUUCACAAAGCUGUGUUUGCAGCCAGCUGUACAGGAUUAUGUGACCAAAAUGAUUGGUCCUGAUGUGGUUGAUGAAGUGAAGACAGGUGAAGGGUCAGAGGAUUACAGCACCCGAGGGGCUUUCCAGUUCUCCAUUUUGAAACAGCUACUGAUGGAUGGAGAAUAUGAGAAAUAUAGAGAGUACAUUAACCAUUAUGAACAGUUUGUGAAGGACUGGCUGUUUGACCAGAUUGUCCAACGACUCUCAAAGGACAACGGUCUGAAGAAACUAGAGAUAAAACAUCUGUCAGAGAUAGUCCAAAUCAUAAUUGCUGCCAUUUCAAAUGUCAGCAAAAAGAAUGUAAAUGAUAUGAAGAUGUUCAUUAACAAUAUUUGCGAUGCUCUUGGAGAGAAGCUUGUCUUUCCCAAAGAUGCUCUGGAUUCCAUUCUCAUGCUUAUUCUUCAAGAUGCAAACACAAAGCAGUUUGCUGUCUACCUCAAAGAGUUUGUGGGAGAAAUGGAGCAGUCACUGGCAGCUGAGUACAACAAGGGAGUGGACAUCAAAGAGAGACUCAGAUCUCUACCAUUCAAGCCUCAUGACGAGAUGUUCACCAGUCUGUUUGGCUGUGGGAAGCAAUGUCCCUUCUGUGGUGUACCCUGUGAAGCAGGGGGGAAAGAGCACAAAAACCACCAUGCCUCCAUUCACCGUUCAGAAGGUAUCAAUGGUUAUAGGGAUCAUUAUUCAAAUAAAUUAGUAAUAGAGAUAUGUUCAUCUCUUGUGGUUAGUGACACAUCAUUCUCCAACACUGAGACUGGAGGAACAUUUCACCCCUACAAGGACUACCAGACAUAUUACCCUGACUGGUUAAUAACUGGAGAUUCCAGCAUUGAGGCUUCAGAUUACUGGAAGUAUGUGAUGGCCACAUUCAAUGAAACAAUCGCUAAAGGCAAACAUGCACUUCCUGCUGAUAUCCCAGAGGACUGGAAGGCAUUAACACGUGAUGAUGCAUUGAAGAGCUUGAAAAAGUCAUUCAACAUGAAAUAAAGUGAAGUUCCAUAAAAAGACUUGUUGACCAGAAACAUGAUUGACGUUUCAUAGACUUAACAACCAGAAAUGACAUUUCACAGAAUCAUCAUAUGUAGAACCAGUCGUCUCAAUAAAGUUUUUGAAAUAAUGUGCAGAUACCCAAUGCAAUUUAGAAAAGAACAACUGCAGCAGGAAAAACACAUUUUCAGAUGCAUUCAUAAACUAUAUAACAUCUUAGGAAUUUACAGAUCAGAUGUUCCAUAGUGAAAUAGCUAACACUUUGAAUAUGAUGUGAAAGGAAUACAACAUUUAACAUCAUCAUGUAGGUGUAAGCAGAGCACUUUAAGCUACAUUCAGAAAUCAUACAGAUAAUAAGAGUAAAUAUGAACACCAACAAGUUAACCAACAGAUUCAGAGUGUUUUACUUGCUAAUGUCCAUAAAUAAACACAACUUUCAUUUACUUGACCAUUUAACCUAUGGCUUGAUAUGCCUUAAUCACAGAUUAAUGAUUGGAAGUGACUGUAUGUUCGUUUAGUGGUAAACGGUUGGCUUGGCUUGGCUUUUGUUUUUGUAAUUUGACCUUUUGCAUUUUAAUCUUAAUGUAAUUUUUAUUGUGAACAAAUCCACAAUUGGCUUGGCUUGGCUUUUCUUUGAAUAAAUCCAUUUGUUUGCAAAAAUUAUAACUAAGAAUAUUUAAAAUGUGUUUAUAUUGGACCACCCCUUAUAAUUUGUUCAAAACGUGGUCAGUUUUGAAGGUAUUUUCCGACGUCCUCAGGACAUGACGUCCAAUUUCGAAGUCCAUCUUGAGCAAUCUGCAUGGAUGAUGAUGAUGAGGAUUUAUAUUUGUUGUUGAUGUUUUUACUUUUGUUGAUGAUGAUUCUAUUUUUGUUAUUGACACGGAUUUUGUUAUUGAUGUUUAUUUUAUUUUAGUAGUUGAUGAUGUGAGAUGGAACUCUGUAGACGGGAGGGAAUGCCUUUCAGUUGGCCAAACUAUUACCAUGAUGAAGACAAAAAAAGUUUAUUUUUUUCUGCAAUGAACGUAUACUGUAGUUUACAGACAUAUUGUGAGAUGAAACAAAAUUUGCUUCCAUUAAUUAAAACAAAAAAUACUUUUUCAUUUUGCAUUAUCUUGUGACUAGAGAUGAUGAAUACAAAUCAAUCAAUUAACAAAACAUGAUUUAUUUUAAAAACUUGAUUUGUUUCCCUUGGAAUCUGUUGUAGGCUAUAACAUUUCAAUCGGGUAUCUACAAAUAAAGGCCCACAAAGUGUGUAUCAAGCGUCUCAAGUAAAGUGCUGAUCUAGGAUCAGGUCCAACCUGUCCAUGUAGUCUUAUUCAAUGUGAUCUAAAAGGCUAAACUGAUCCUGAGUUAGCUCUCUUGCUCUGAGACGCCUGAUACAUUCAGCCCCUGGUAGUAGAGAAAAUAAUAAUUUACCAUUAGAUUGUGAUGUUGGUAUGGCAUCUGUGGAAAUGUAAACAGACCAAAUGCUUAAAAACCCCUCUUCUCCUUGUCUUGUCCCCUGAAUCUGCACUGAUUGGCAGAUCAGUGAAGGAGAGGACUGAAUUUCAGAGGACUGAGAAAGAGCCAAAGUGUAUAAGGGUAGUCUUGUGUGUUGAGUAAAACAACUAGUCCUUGGUACUAUAUUUAACCUAUAGGUAUUCUCAAUUAUUAUAAUCCAAUAUAUACCCAAUAUAUUUAUCCAGUAUAUUCUAUAUAUUAUAUGUAUGCACUGUGUGAAUCAGUAGAAUGUAUAUACUGUGUUGGGAUCCUCACUCCUGUUCAGAAGUCAGAAACAACACUUAAAAAGGUCACAGACAAGCUGACAGAGAAAUUCCUCUAGCUGCUCAUUCUGGACCAGUGAAUACACUGACCAAGACAUUCUGAAACCUGAGUUGUUGACCAGAUCAAACCAUGUAUUUUUAAGUAUCAUGACAGUGCUCUUAGCACCAUGUUACCUGUCUGUUAAACAUGUUUAUGCCAUAUUUGGCUAAGUAGUUUUCACCUGUCAACUAUAUAAUUAUUGGUUGCAGUGAUGGCCGAGGAACCUUCCCAUGUAGACCAAUCAAAUGUAUGGGGGGUUUUGGGUCCAACAACUGUGUGAGUUGGCUACAUAAAAGACAUGUAGAUCUUGACAUUGUCAUGGUGUUUGUUGAAGUGCAACCCUUCCACCGUGGUUAUUAAAAUAAUAUUGGACCUGGAGAA